ACAUGCGCAUUGUGUGAAUUUGUGUGUACGUUGGAUACAUUAAGUAAACGAGCAAAGUAAUAAGAAAGCAAUGGUAGCCUUGUUGAGAUUGGUCACGUAUUUUCUUUUCUAUAAACGCUCAACAAAAUAUGCACUAGCAUCGUUUUUGUUUAUUAUGAUGCUUUUAAUUGUGUGGCGGAGUGGGUUCAUUCGAGUUAGAAACAUACCGUCGUCUUCAAACAAGUACGUACUGUCGUGGCAAUGGUACUACAUGAUUGAAAACGAUGACGACUCGUCAAAAUUCCCAGAGUUACAGUGUCGAGUAAACAACUGCAUAUUCACUGGUGAUAAGAAUUUCUUCGGCGGAGACCACUCGCGAUUCGACGCUAUAUUUUUUUAUCAGAAAGUUUUGGAACUCGACGAAGAAUACCUUCCAAUAAACCGGUCCGAUUCACAAGUAUACGUAUUCGCAACAGUAGAGUCUGCAUACAACUAUCCGGCUUGUGAGACCUAUUUCGAUGACUUCUUCAACUUGACGCUCACAUUCAGACUUGAUUCAGAUAUUAGUUGGCCUUACUUUUUGGUACGCGACCUCGCGGGUCAAGUCGUGGCUCCAAAAGUCGACGUAAAAUGGCCAGAGCAGGAAAAUACAUCGAUUAGUUCAAGUACAUUGAGUAUUUUGUCUAAUAAAACUAGGGCUGCCGCCUGGCUGGUGAGUCACUGUCGGGCUGACAGCUUGAGGGACGAGUACCUCACGCGACUCAGCGAGCAUUUAUACCACUUUUCACUUGAGAUUGACGUGUUUGGUAAAUGCUCUAACAUAAAAUGCCGAUAUGGUAAUUGCGCAGAAAUGUUCACCAGGGAUUAUUAUUUCUACAUGGCAUUCGAGAAUUCUUUCGCUCCAGAUUACGUCACGGAGAAGGUGCUGCAUGGGUACAAUAAUUACGCAGUUCCCAUUGUGUACGGCGGCGCUAAUUACACCAGAUUCCUGCCACCUGGAUCGUACAUCAACGCGCAUGAAUAUCAUCCGUAUAACUUGGCAUACAUUAUGUACCAAGCUAUAAAAAAUCCAUCGAUAUACUACGAGUACUUUAAAUGGAGGAACUUCUACACGAUAGACGCAGGCCCACCGGGCACCCACCCUCUUUGCAAGCUUUGUGAGGUCUUAAACACGGGCGAAUUAAGUCCUAAGACGUAUCCCAAGUUUAGGCUUUGGUGGAAUCUACCCAACGGCAUGAAGUGGUGCUUGCCACAGUCAUUUUGGAAUGAAAUGACGCUUGUCCAUGUCGAUAAUAGCCACAUCGUCAAUAUGUACUGAUAUAUUAUCUAGUAAUUGAUUUAUUGUUUUGUAUGAAGGUUUCUGUUGCACUUUUAGAAACAUUAUAAUAUAGAUGAAAUAGAUGUAUAUGUAAAUAAAAAUAAAUGAUUAAAACAU